AUGGCGGGUAAAGCGGUGACUCGGUUGAGCCAACCUUCUCAGGACUCGUUCUCCAGUACGUUGACGAAUCUCACUGACACAUCUUCGUUACCAACACCGGUCCAAGUCGCCACUGCUCUCACCUUGUUUAUUGGUAUUAUUCAGGUAAUGGUGGCGAUAUUCGGGCUGGACUUUGUUACCACGUAUUUUUCUGACGAAGUUGUUGCUGGAUUUACAACUGGUGCUUCUGCACAUGUUUUCAUCACACAGCUCAAGGAUGUCUUCGGAAUCACUGGACUCCCACGACGAGAUGGCAUAGGGAACGCGCUUUUAAAAGUCUACGAUCUCUGCGCAGGAAUCGCUCGAACGAAUCUUGUCACCCUUGGGUUGUCAGCGUUGACGAUUCUCAUGCUACUACUUGGAAAACACGCGAUAAAUCCUUUCAUAAAAAAGCGUCUCCAUUGUCCUGUGCCAUUUCCCAUGGAACUCAUUGCUGUGAGUGUUCUGUUGAAAGGUGGUCGUUGGGUCUUUGAUUUCACAAUUUGCUCGUCUCAACGCUAA